CAGAGAAGAAGGCUGUCAAGCUGUCUGGGUGUGAGUGAGCACCCUCUAGUGGAGCUGCUGACACGCUGUCCUGCAGAGUCUGUUUCUAACCAUCAGCAUUUCAAGACGUCUAUGGUCCAACGUUGAGCAGAGACCAUGUGGUGUUUGGAGCUGCUCUUACCACUGCUGUUGAUCAUUAAUGAUGCCAGCUGCCAGUGGAACGUUUGGGUACCUCGGGACAUCUCGGCCAUGACCAACUCCUGUGUGGUCAUUCCGUGCACCUUCAUGUAUCCGUCUGGUAUAAGGCCGUACCGUGGCACUCACGGUAUCUGGUACUUCGGCCAGCCGUACCCUCAACUCUUCCCUCCCGUUGUCUUCAAAUCACGUACAGACGUCGUACACGAGAGCUACAAGGGCCGCACCAAGCUCCUGGGUGACCUGCACCAGAGGAACUGCACUCUGCUCAUCAACAACAUUGGCACAGAGCACUCAGGGAGAUACUACUUUCGUGCUGACCUUGGUGGAGCCAACAUGUAUACGUACCCAGACUUCUCUGAGCUCAAAGUUCUGGAUCAACCCAACAUCGAUGUCCCAGAGGAGAUUGUCAGCGAUGAGAGUUUGGAGCUGACAUGCUAUGCUCCAGACAACUGCCCCGACAUGACUCCAGAGAUCCAGUGGAUGUACACAGACUACCUGCCUGACCCAGAGUUCAGCGCUGACUACCUGGAGGAGAGCAACACAGCGGUACUCUCCAGCACCCUCACCUUCACGCCCAGACCCAUGCACAACGGGCAGCUCCUGGGCUGCAGGGUCUACUACCCCAACACCACACUGGUCUAUGAGAGGCUCAUCUCUCUGGACGUCAAAUAUGCUCCACGCUCUGUUUGGGUGAACGUGUCCUCUGAGGUGAUGGAGGGCAGCUCUGUGAUGCUGCACUGCGAGGUGGACAGUAAUCCUCCUCCCAGGAUUUCCUGGAUGUUCGGAGACCAGGAGCUGCUGUGGGACACGGCAUCCAACGUCUCCCUCUCCCUGGACGAUGUGACGCCUGCGCAGGAGGGAAUCUACACCUGCGUUGGGGACAAUGGCUACGGCACCAUGAACACUUCACUGUACCUGGCUGUCAAGUACCCUCCCCGCGAGCCCCUUGUGAACGACUCUAUGACGGUACUAGAGGGAUCCUCGCUGGCCCUGCACUGUAGCACCCAGGGCAGCCCGGCCCCAACCCUCACCUGGCUGAAGGACGGGGAGCUGGUGGGCACCAUCACCGCCGACGAGCUGUCAGUGUUGGAGAUCGUAGAGAUCACACCGCAGGGAGACGGGCAGUACCGCUGCCUGGCCGAGAACGAGCACGGAAGAGCCAGUAGCUCCUUCAACAUCACUGUUGAGUAUGCCCCGGUCCUUCUGGAUGAGUCAAAGUGCACAGUGGUGAGGGAGGGUGUCCAGUGUGUCUGCAUCGCCACCGGAAACCCAGAACCCACCAUUGAGUUCUACCUGCCCGACCUGAACAUCACCAUCAACGAAACAGACGGCCGGUACAACUUCUACACGCACACAGACGGACACACUUCCACGGGUAUGAUCAAGCUGCGGGAGAAAGGCGAGAGGGUCGACAACGGCGGCCCUGCUGUCAACGUCCACUGCAGCAUCUACAACAUGUACGGGAGAGAGAGCAUACACCUGGAGCUACAGCAGGAGAAAAAGUACAUGAUGGCAGUAAUAGUUGGCACCAUUGGAGGAGUGGCGGUCAUAGCCUUCAUCAUUGCAGCAGUGAGAUACGUUGGCCACAACAACAAGAAAGAGAAUGGCAACCCUAGGCAGGACGUGGUCCUGGAGAACCCAGCUUUGUACUACAGCGCAGUCAAGAAGGACAAACAAAAUCUGAGGAAGAAAGUGCUUAAGACAGAGCUGUUGGGCUCAAAGUUUAACUCCAUUCUAGAGGAGACUACGGGAGAAGACGGGGAUUAUCAACCUGUGGGCUCUAUGGCAGGACUGGAGAGGAAAGAGCUGAAUUACGCUGCUCUGGAGUUUAUCGGGGCCAGGUCCAGGGAGGGGGCUUCGGGGAGGGGGGAUGAUGGCAGCAACUACACGGAAAUCAAAGCCAAAUGAAUCGCGAUCCUUCCCUGAUCCCUCGGCUAUGCGAGACGCAGUGGCAGCCCCAACACAUGUCCUGUCUCAUAAACUGUGUAAUAACCCUCCUUCCUCUACUGGAUUCCAUCCUGCAUAUGACUCUUUUUUUUCUCAUUUCUUCAGAUUUGUCACAUAUAAUGUUGAUGCCACUACUCCCUCCCAGCCUCAAGCUGCCCCUUUCCCAAUGGAACGCCCUUCACAUGCCAUCAUUUGGGAAAACUGGUACUUUUUUGGGUCGGAGCAUGACCAACUGGACAAUGUAAAAGGAAGUGUGUUAGCCUCAGUUGUAGUACAUGGGCUCUAAAACAUGCAGUGUUAACUAGCAACCACGUUUUUUUGUUGCUUUCUCCAUGUUCUCCAUUGUGAUUGUCAAUGUUAUUGUCAAAAGACAGACAUCUGAGUGCUCGCAUCCGUCAUCACUAUUUGCUCUACAUCUGUGUCUUGUAACUGUCACUGUGUCUGCUGCCAGUCGAAGCAUCAGGGCAAGGAGUGACUGCGCUUUUUGUUCCCUUAUAUUUAUGUGUGUCUAUCAGCAGAGAGCAAACCUCUCUUCUCUCCUUCCUCUGGUUAAUUACAUCCCGAAAAGAUGAGUGACUGAGGCUAGAGAUGGAAACGCAUCUUAGCAUCUUAUUUACAUUUACUUGUAUUUAAUGUGUGCUGUGACUCGGUAGCCUCUCAAAAAAAUGAAGAAAUGUCACCGUCACUUUUGAUAAUAAUUGAAGAGGUUUUGUAAAUUCAAGUGGUACACUGUCCAGUUCUGAAAAAUGCCACAACUUCUUUCCAGUAUUUUCCAGUUAACUGUAGAAUGUGUUGAGAUUUGGGGUGAAUUUACUUCAGUGUGGCCAAAAUGUCUGUCUCAUCUUCUACUUCUUCUCCUUAAAGCAUGGGUUCUAGCUCUCUGAUUGAUCUGGAAAGUACAGACCUAAAGCACAACAUAUUUGAGCGUGAGUGGCAGAAGUGUUCUCUCAUUUAGACAAUGUGCGUGUUUGUAUGCGUGUGUGUGUUCGAAUUGUGCUGAAAGAUCAUUGAUCACUGGGGUCUUUGGGAAGUCCGAGCAUCACUUCACUUGAGAAGUUGAUGCUUUUUUCUCACAUGGUUGCAUCAGAUGUUUGAAUGACAAAAAGUGAUGCUGACUAGCCAGCUGGUUGUGCUAUUCAAAGACAUUUGAUGAACCUGUGAUGUAAUAUCAAAGCACACUAAUCGUCUAACUUGAUAAUGAUGGUGUCAAUAAUAUAUAUAUAUUAAUAAGACGUAUAUUGAUAGGGAAUGGAUGUCAGUAUGUACAGUAAAUACCCAACAUGACUUUUUGCCAACAGGCACUUCAAUUAUGGAUACAAGCCAGUGUGAGAAGUACAAACAUUUUAUCUCACACAUUUAUGUCACACAUCAUUCAAAUACAUUUGACUGAACAUUGUCUUAAUAUGAGCUUGGUGAAUAGUACCAACAUCAAACUAGUGUGCACUAUAGUCAAAGUCAAAUCUGAGGCUGUGUUUAUAUGCAGGCUGUGACCUUCUUAUUGACUGUAAUUGAGGCUGAUUUAAAGUACAAUACCAGCUGUGUACUUUUCUAUUAACCCUUGAAAGGGAACUACAGCAAAAGCAAAGCUACAGGGGCUCAGAUAUCCAGACUCCUCCCAACCCAUCCACAUUACCCACAAAGCAACCAAUAGCAUCUUUUUGUUAGGUCCUCCAUGCCUGGUAUUGGCCCAUGUCUUUCAAAACCCCAUGCGCCUUUUUUGUAACUCUGUAUUUUCUCAGACUUUACAAAGCAGAGUGGCAUUAUAGGAGGACAUUAUGCAAGUGUUUUCACAUUCUGAGCUGUACUGCCCAUGACAAAUACCUGACCUUUAUGCCAGUAAGUCAGUGGAGUACCCCUUUCAUUUAUGAGAAUAGUGUCAACCCACCAAUGAAGCCAUCACUGUGCUUCUUCCGCUUUGAAUCACAUCUUGCACGUCCCACAUCUCGAUUUCUCUCACAACUCAUCGACACACUGCAGCCUUAACUUACUAACAUGGUCUGCCAUUUUAAAUAAGACAACAUUUAAUCGUUUGAUUGAUAUUUUAAAUGGGUCUACUCACUUUCAUUCAAUGUAGGGAAAAUGCAAAUAGAUAAUUACUGUGUAUUGUAUGUUGGAUUGUUUUAACAAUGUAAGUCAUAAUACAGUGAACACUUGGCGUCUAAAUGAAUCAUGCAAAACAAUUACCUAGUCAGUUUUCUCUGCAAGAAACGAUUUCUAAAAUACUGAAGGUAGCGGCUGCAGUUUGACUUUAAACAUAAAUUAAGCAACUUGUCCACUGAUUUUCUCCUCCUAAACAGACAUUGUUACUCUGUAUGUAUUGAUUUUUGACAGAGUGCUCAAGUGGAAACUAAAAUCUAGCUAGAGAUGUGCAAUGAUCUCUUCUUGAAGACUUAAAUUACUUUUGAUACACAUGCUCUGACUAAGGCUUUAUAAACGCAUGUUAUAAAACAACACUGCACUGUGGCAGUCUCAUUUAAAAUGAUGGAUUAAGUUCAUCAAGGCAGUAGUGUGUCUGAGAGCUGUUUCUAAUUGGUUUUACAAUCAGCUGUACAAAACACAGCAAAGGCCUCUAACUGUGGCAACUCCAUAUAUGGGUAGACUGUUCAUGGGCAGCGAUGGCAAUAUGAAAACAAAAUUGCACUAUGAGGAGUACUUCAGUUUAAGCUGUUCAAAUGAACCUAAUAAAUAAAAAAUAAUAAAUCUCUCUCUGCCAAAAGCA